CUGAGAGUUGGACUCUCUUGUUGAUUCAUUUUCAUUUUUUCCUACGAUGACUGAGGCCAGCUCGUCCUCACCACGAGUACAUUUGUUUUUCUCCUCGAGAUGAAGGCAGAGGGAAUGAAGGAAAAUCUGGAUCUUAUUUGAAGCUGUUUCUUUCUGCCCUGACGUUCUGCUUGUAUCCUCACCACAGCUAAGCUGGAAUCUGCCUCGUGCAAGGAGCUUACUGCGGUCGUGUCCCGAGUCCCCCAUCCCUGAGGAUGACAGCUGUACCGUAGUCGUGGGAAAACACUCCUCAAUGCUCCCCUGUGUUUCACUGAGAGUCACUGGACUUGAGCUGGUGUUGUGGUUGGAGGAACGUUUCCACUCAUGCUCCACAAGGAACUUGGAUGCUGCUUUGUAAUUAUGCCCAGUCAGCAUAGGGUUCCUGUACUUAAGCCCAGCAACAAACCAAACCCCCCUCUGUAUCUUUAUUGCUCCUGAAGUAGGGGUGAAUAAACCGGAGAUCUACAAACUAAAGCAGCCCCCAAGGACACGAAGCUCUGGGCUUUUGGAAUAAACCACAUCUGUAUCAGAUGAAUGCUGGACUUGCGAAUGGAAACUGCUCUCCAAAUGCUCUGAUUAUAGUUUUUUCUACUUCCAUAACGUGUCUGACAGGGUUUAAGAACAGAAAAGUGAGGGGAUAUUUGAGAUAAGCCAUCAGUUUGGCUCAUGAAUAUUUAUUAGGUGACGUAAACGUAGCCCAAAAGUCCUAACUGAUCUGCUGAAAGCCUGAUGGAGCAGUUUUCAGAUGACGAGCUGGAUCACGCUGCAGAGGAGGACAGCGAUAAAGAGGACCAGGACCUGGACAAAAUGUUUGGAGCGUGGCUGGGAGAGCUGGACAAACUGACAAAGAGCCUAGAUGACGGGAGACCGGAGAAGGUGCAGAAAGCACCUCUCAGACAAGAGACAAACAUGGCCAACAUGGCCUACCGCUUCUCCGUUUAUAACAUCAACGAGGCUCUGAACCAGGGUGACGCAGUGGAUCUGGAUGCUCUGAUGGCGGACCUCUGCUCCAUCGAGCAGGAGCUCAGCACCAUCGGUAAGCCUAGCAGCGCUUCCUCUCGCCUUGGCCUGACAGGGGACACCAAAGUCCGUCAGAAGCCCCCGGCCGGACGCAGUCACAGCACCAAGCACAUGGGCAGCGGCAGUGGAGGGGCGAGCAGCAGUGGCGGCAGCACCAGCAGCAGCACCCGCGCCUCUCCCGCGUCUACCGUCAGGGUGGGCAGCUCCAGCAGCAGACCCCCGCUGGCAUCCAACUUCUCCCUGGAUGACAUCACAGCCCAGCUGGAAAAAGCCUCCCAAAGCAUGGAUGAAGCAGCCAGGCAGAGCUCCACAUCCUUCGGCUCUACGAUCUCAGCACCGUACUCUUCCUCCACCGUGCGGCGGCCGACCUCCCAUCAUCAUCAUCGCAGGACGGGGUCGGUGGGUACGGUCACCGAGCAUGAGGUGCGGUCCUUUGUCCAUUCCUCUCGCUCUAGCAUUAACUCGGCCUCUGCGUCCAGCAUGGAGUCGCUAGACAUCGAAAAACCCAAGUCUGAUCAGGACGGGAUGCAGGACGGACAGGACCAGCCGAGUUCAGAGCACUCGUAUCUGGACAGGGAGACCUCUCUCAUUCUGAAAAGCAUUGCAGGAAAGCCCUCUCACUUGCUGACCAAGGAGGAACAAGCUGCCAAACAAAAAGCUGAGAAGAUCCGAGUAGCUCUGGAGAAGAUAAAGGAAGCGCAGGUUAAAAAGUUGGUAAUCCGAGUGCACCUAUCAGAUGAAAGCUCAAAGACUGUGAUGGUGGAUGAGAGACAGACGGUGCGUCAAGUGCUGGACAGCCUGCUGGACAAAUCCCACUGCGGUUAUAGCCUGGACUGGUCUCUGGUGGAAAUCAUCACUGAACUCCAGAUGGAGAGAAUCUUUGAGGAUCAUGAGAAUCUGGUUGAGAACUUGUUGAACUGGACCAGGGACAGCACCAACAGACUGAUGUUCAUCGAACGCAUUGAGAAAUAUGCACUUUUCAAGAACCCUCAGAACUAUUUGCUGGGGCGUAAGGAGACGUGUGAGAUGGCGGACAGAAAUAAAGAGGCCCUGUUGGAGGAGUGUUUUUGUGGAAGCUCUAUCAGUGUGCCUGAGAUGGAAGGGGUGCUCUGGCUCAAAGACGACGGCAAGAAAUCCUGGAAGAAGCGCUACUUCCUGUUACGAGCCUCUGGGCUAUAUUAUGUGCCAAAGGGUAAAGCCAAGGCCUCUAGAGACCUGGUUUGCUUCCUGCAGCUGGAUCAUGUUAACGUGUACCUGGGUCAGGACUACCGCAGCAAGUAUAAAGCCCCAACUGACUACUGCAUGGUCCUGAAGCACCCACAGAUUCAAAAGAAAUCACAGUACAUCAAAUACCUGUGCUGUGAUGAUGUGAGAACGCUGCAUCAGUGGGUCAAUGGAAUACGCAUUGCCAAGUAUGGGAAGCAGCUGUAUUUGAACUACCAGGAAGCCAUGAGACGCACAGAGGCUGCUCAUGACUGGUCCUCCCUCUCCAGCUCCAGUAUCAAGUCUGGUUCCAGCUCCUCCAGUCUACCAGAAUCUCAGUCCAACCACUCCAGCCAAUCAGACAGUGGCGUGUCAGAGACCACAUCCUCUGGUCAUGUGCGCUCUCAGAGUGUCGUCAGCUCCAUCUUCUCUGAGGCAUGGAAGAGAGGCAAUCAGGCAGAUGAACCCAAGAUGAGAAUGGAUGGCCCACCAGCACAGCCUGCUAGAGCCUCUUACCCUCUACAACUUCCCCAACUGCCCCAAUCUCUCCAAUCUCGUAGCAGCUACAGUGGUGUGUCCCCAGUGUCCCCCUCCUCGCCCCCAUCUCCACCACCGCCGCCUCCACCACCUCCCCCUCUCCCCAACCCCACGCACCACUCCACCCCGAUUAUGUUCACUAAAUACAGCACCCUCGCUAGGUUGCAAAACAUCUCCCAGGCUCCAAAUCAUUACAAACAGACCCCCUUAUUGGCAGCACAGCAGCAGCCCCCAACACCGCCCCCACAGUGUCUCAAACCUGUAAUGAAUAAUAUGGCCGAUACUGCCAGCAGUCCCCCUCCGCCUCCACCACCACCACCUCCUCCAGAGAUGCCAGUGCCAGGGUCAGCCAUGGCAGUGUUGAAGCAUGCCCCCCUCAGCCCUCAAUACGCUCCCCUUCCACCUCCAGAGGAAGACCAGCUGCCACCCCCACCUCACCUACACAGCAAUGGCUACUUGCCUCCACCACCACCCCCAGAACAGUUAAAAUACCCGCCUCCCCUCAGCACCAAUGGGCUCCAGCAGUUCUUAGCUCAGAAGUUCCCUAAUAUGACCUAUGACUUCUCACCUGUCCAACAAGAUGAAGAGCCUCCACCACCUCCUCCAGUGUGUUUCUCUCCGCCCCCUCAGCAGUCAGGUCCACCUGCCCCACCUAAAACAUUCACUGGUGGGUUUCCGCCCCAAACGGCUCCGAAACCUGCCCACGGCAUUUCCCCCAUUUCUCCUGUGCCACCUUCUUUGUCUCCAACCCCUAUGGCCACCAUGAAGAAACAGCAAAGCCUCUCCAGUGGUCACAGCCCCAAUCAACCUCCACCUACCCUUCCCAAGCAAUAUAGCCUUUCUUCCAAAGCUGCAUCUGUAUCUGCCCCCAUCUCUCCCACCCAAUUGCUUCUAAAGCAGAUUGUAAACCAGUUCCCGGACGCCCCUGAUGAAUCCAAAGGUCCCUUAUCUCCACCUGUGGUAAAAACCAAACCAAAAUGGCAGCCAGGAGGGCAGGCUCAACCACAGUCUCCUGAAUUUCCUCCACCUCCACCAGAGGGUAUCCUUGAAUUCCCUCCACCUCCUGCUCCAAGUCCCCCUCCUGCCCCACAGCCUUCUGGCAAGAUGGGAUCACCAAUCAAGAAGUCCCCAUCGACGUCGUCAAAUUCUUCUACUGGUUCAGGAGGGAAGAAGCCCCCUCCAACUCCACAGCGCAACUCCAGCAUGAAGUCCACCUCUUCCAUUGAGUACCAGGAGUCCAAGAAAGUGGAGGAUCUGGUCAGCAUGUUUGCCCAAACCAGUCAAGCCCCACCCAGCUCCUUCUCAACUCCAUCCUCUACGACAGGAUCACCUUCCAAGGACUCUUCCGCAGGUCCUCGUGCACUACCAAAACCAGGCAAGAUCAACUUGGCUAAUCUGCCUCUGGCUCUCCAGGGGAAGCCAGGUCAAUAUCAGCAAUCCAGCUCAGACUUCCCCUCUCCUCCUCCCGAAUGUGACUUUCCCCCUCCGCCGCCGGACUCAGAACUCCUGCCUCCUCCACCUCUCCCAUCAGAACUGCACACCGGGGCUCCCAAAGUGGCCGUGGUGAACCCUCAACCCCAACACUCCUCCAGCUCCACAUCCUCAUGGAAGCAAAGCUCCUUGAAGAAAAUGCCCCCUCCGGCUAUGCACCGCCACAGCAGUGGCCCACCCGAGCCACUUGCCCUUUCUCCACCUCCUCAACAGAUGCCUCUGUCCUCUUUUAACUCUCAGAUCCCACCAACUUCCCCCAAGGCCAAUCUGUCCAUCCAGCCCAACUUCUUGGAAGACCUCAACAGAACUCUCAAAAGGAAGUCCAUGACUCGACAUGGCUCCCUUACGUCCUCGAGAAUCUCGGCCAAGCUGGAGCCUGUAACCACCAUGGACGAUAUGGCCCUUCCGCCCCCUCCUCCAGAGCUGCUGCUGGGCCAGCAGAAAAAGGGCGGAUACAUGAGCGGCAACAUCUCAGGCUAUGCAACAUUACGGCGGGGUCCUCCGCCGGCUCCACCCAAACGGGACCAAAACACUAAACUGACAAGCGAGUGGUAGUUGGGACAUGUGCCGAGUACGGAUAUGCCACUCUCCUUUUCCACUCCGUUUAUCUUCAACAGCUGAAAUGUCUGCAUUAAAAUACUACUCAUUUUAACCCCAGAUUAUAACCACAAUAUGAAAAAGCCAAACCAUCUAUACAUAAGCUUCUCUGCGUGUUUGUGCCGCUUUGCUAUUAAGUGUAGCAGAUAUACAAAAAAAAAAAAACUGAGAAAAAGAGACUGACAUUGUUAUUAUAGGUACUGCAUGGACACUGCUGUGAGGAAAGGGGAUACUGUAUAUGUAUGAUAAAAUAUAUAUGUGGAACAGUGGGGUGGGAGGGAACUUGUACUUUUUUAUAUGAAAUUAUUUAAUACCUGAAAUAUAUUCUUAUUUUAAAGUUUAGUUUUGAAACCCUUGACUGUAAACGUUAAACGUGAAUAGAAAAUCAGGGUUGUUGAACCGAUGCUUGUGUGUGUGCGUGCGCGCAUUUCGUCUGAGUGAUUUGGUUGAUCCACUCUCAGAAAAACAGCGGGGGCCUGGUAAUAGUGCCGCCCUUGCUCGUCAUUAGAUGUGCAAAUCCCAAUGUGGGAACUGCACUUGUGUAGCAUACAUUCUAAAUGAAGUAUUCUACCAAAUUUUCCACAUUUAAUUUAAAUGGUUUAGAAACUUCCACUUAAAAUGUCAAGAAAGGAAAAAAAAAACGCUACCAUUGUUAUUGAUAAAUCUGUUAUGUUGUGUCGCUGUGGAACCUUACUUUUCAUGAAGAUGUCCAAAUGUUAGACAAAGAUGAAAAUGAGCCUGUUGCCGCUUGAGUACAUCUCGGCGUGUAGCUGGCCUGUGUCUGGGAUGGGAUGUGAUGUCUGUUUAUGUUGGUUACAUUGCUAUCUAUCUGUACAUACAGCUGCAGUUCCUGACUUUAUCAAUGUGCGUUAGCUCUGCAUGGGUGAAACACACACUAGGAAGUGAUGUCGUUCUCCUUAUUUUGACCUCUGUCUCUACUCAGUGCUGUAUUGAAGUGUGUCACAUAUCUGGAACAUCUAUUUCUCAUGUCAUGGCAAUGCCACAAUGUACUGACGUUAAUCUAGCAUGCAUGCUUCCAUAGUAUGGUUGCCUAAGAUUGAACACUUUGUAGGGUUUUAGGACCAUAGCCACAAAAUAAAAGGUGUCAUGUCAAGUUUACUUGACUUACAAUGCAAAAAAUUCACUGUGUGCCUACUAUCAUUGUCAUCCCUCUAACAAACUUAAAUGCGUAGGUUGAGAAAACAUGUACCUGUUGGUUUUGCAUCUCCAAAAGACUUUCAGUUUGAAAGGCUGAGCAAUGAAAUGUAGGAACGGAUAGAGUUCUCUUUACAGGGAGGAGUACAGAGCUAAUGCUGCUUCUUAAAGUCAGGAACCUUUAGUUAAAUAAAUGGGGAAGUAAAUGUCUGUUACAUUUAAACUGAACAAUAUAAAUGUGUAAAUCAC